UCUCUCUCUCUCUCCAUCUCUCCAUUAGCAGCAGCGACAAUGGCUUCUCGCGACAAGAAGCCUGCAAAGGCGGCCAGUAGCAGUCGUGCCGGCGGUAUUCGAACCCUAUCGGACUUGAAUCGCCCUUCUGCGCAUGAUUCUGACAGUGAUGAUGAGCCACAGGAGUACUACACUGGCGGCGAAAAAAGUGGUAUGCUCGUCCAAGAUCCGUCAAAGGGAAAUAAUGAGGUGAAUGCAAUUUUUAACCAAGCUAGAAAGCUUGGUGCUAUAGAAGAACCUGUUGAAGAUGUUCAUUCAUCCUCAAGCUCAAGGAGCUUUACUGGAACAGGAAGAUUACUCUCAGGAGAAGCAGCUCCAUCUGCUCCUCCACCUCCUCUUCCACAGCAGCCUGAAUCCAUUGUUCACAAUAUUGUUUUCUGGAGAAAUGGUUUUACAGUUAAUGAUGGACCCUUAAGAAGACUAGAUGACCCUGAAAAUGCACCUUUCCUUGAGAGUAUUAGAAAGUCCGAGUCUCCUUUAGAGCUUGAGCCUGCAGAUAAGAGGUCUUCUGUUUCUGUGAAGCUUAUUAAGAGAGAUGAGGAGUGCCCGGAGCCGGAAAAGCGCCAAGUGUCGUUUCAGGGUGUUGGAAGGACUCUGGGUGGUGGUAACAAUGGUCCUACGACAUCAGUGCCAUCAACGGAUUCAUUGGGGCUGGGGCGAAUACUUGAUGAGAGUUUGCCAACUACAUCAAUUCAGCUUAGAUUAGGAGAUGGGACACGAAUGGUGGGGCAAUUCAACUUUCAUAAUACAGUAGGUGAGAUCCGGGCAUUCAUUGAUUCUUCGAGGCCAGGGGUGGUGAGGCCAUACCAGCUGCAAACAGUUGGAUUUCCGCCAAAGCAACUCACUGAUCCAACCCAAACAAUAGAGCAGGCAGGGCUUGCCAAUUCUGUGGUAGUCCAGAAAUUCUAAAUCACAAUCUUAUAUUUCUUGAGAGGAGGAUUAUAUUACUAAGUUUGAAGCCUGUCUUCUUAUUUUGUGGAAUCUUAAUGGCAUGUAUGUGUAUGAUAUAAUAUGUGCAUUUUGCAUAAAUUAUCUUUUUUUCUCAUUUAGACAUGACUGAGUAUAAUAAAUUGCAUUGCCUCUCUUC